UGAUGCCUGAAAUGAUGCCGAUGCCGAUGCCGAUGCCACGUGACGGAGACGAGGACUCGCCGGUCAUGGACAACGAGCCACCACACAUGUCCGAUGCAUCCAUGCCAGAUGGCGAGAGUGAGGAAUCAGGGAUGAUGGGUGUAUUGGCGCCACAUGAUGUGGCAUCAGAAAUGCCGAUUCAAGCUCGCGACGAACCCGAAAUGAUGGGUGAUAUGACGUCUCAUAUGAUGACGCCAGGUAUGCCGAUGCAAAGCAGUGGUCCCGAGCCAGACCUGAGGGAUGCCAUGCCGCCCCACAUGAUGAUGUCCGGCAUGCCAAUGCAAGAUGCGGAAGAAUCAAAAGUGACGAGUGAUAUUUCGCCACAGAUGAUGUCUGGCAUGCCAGUGUUCCAUGAUGAAGAAGAGCAAGAGGAGCUCAGCCUUCCGCCACACAUGAUGAUGCCCGGUAUGCCGAUGCAGGAGAUGCCUGACAUGCCUAUGCAAGAUGCUGAGGAGUCAAAAAUGAUGAGUGGUACGCCCCCACACACGGCUCCUGGCAUGCCAAUGCCACAAGGCGAAGACCAGGGAUCAGAGAUGAUGGGCGUCAUGCCACUGCACAUGAUGACGUCUGCUACGCCCAUGCAGGAUAUGCCCGGUAUGCCAAUGCAGGACGGCGAGAGAAAAUCCGAGAUGUUAAAUGCGAUGGCACCGCAUAUGACGCUGGCUGGCAUGCCAACACGAGAAGACGAAAACGCGCCGGAGAUGAUGGGCACCAUGCCGCCACACAUGAUGGCGGGUAUGCCGAUGCCGGAUGCCGGUAUGCCGUUGGGUGGCGUGGCGCAGGCUCCUCCCCCCUCGUCAGAUGCCACGCCCAUGGCGGCCUCGGAGGGCGUUCCGGAGGGGUUCGGACCCCCGAAGACGGCUUCCGUGAUCGAGAGCGACGAAGCUUUCGAGGACACCGUCGACGGAGAGCAGGACGGCCGACGCGGCGACUCGACGGAGCCCCACGGCGCACAGCCGGAGGCGCGGUUCGUGGAUGACGGCGGUGAAACAGGUCGGCGCGAACUGGAUGACGUCAGACCGGAGGGUGGUGCAACAGCGGACGACGAAGACGCCUCGGCACGACUGACCGCUCCCGAUGAUGACUUCCACGACGACGACGCUGUCGAGAACGCUUUGGAAGACGAAGCGGCUGGCCAGACUGCGCCGGGUAGCGACGCUUUCAGCGCCCGGCCUCGUCCCGUUCCUGCCGCCGAUGAGUCGGCGAGCGAUGCUGGCGACGGUAUGUUUGACGUCCGUCCCAGCGUGCCGAUCCGAGCUGAGGGAGAGACCGCUGAAGGAGAGCAGGGCCUUGGCCACGUGGACGAUCGGGCAGAGAUGAUGUCAGAGGAGAUGAUGGCGGCUGGAAGCACUGAGUCCUCCAGCCCGGAGCACGUGGUGCCCGAGAUGAUGCUCGGCGAGGAGUUUGGUCAACGGUUCCGUGGGGACGAUGACGCCCUCUUCCGCCAAGACCAGCCUCAACCAUCGCCCGAAAUAUUCCCGGUCGAUGAGGAACACUCGUUCGCCUUGUCCGGGGAGGCCGACGUGGUCGACCGCUUCGUGGACAGCGGCGUCGCCGCAGAUGAAGCGCACCGCGACGAUGAUGUUGAUGGCGGUGAUGAUGACGGUGCCUCGGACGGCCAGAGUCUGGCUGAUCCGAUGACCCGGCAGGGCACCGCCGAUGACGAGGACGGCGAGGACGUCGCCCACUCGGCCAUGCCUGACGAGCAGUCCUCGUGAGGAACAUCCUGACAGCCUCAGCACAGCUUCUGGCGACGGGCCGUAGUCUGUGCAGACCCGGAGGAUCGGCACUGACAAUCGUGACGUCACAAGAGACAGCACAGCUGAAUGACAGCACAGCUGACUGACAGCACAGCUGAUUCAGUAUCGUCGGUGACCGUGAGAGAUCGAGAGAGACUGAGAGAU